AUGGCACCCGUCGGACUAAUGGCGCGUCUCAAGAGUUUAUACUCCAAGCAGGAGGAACCCGCCCUGUCAAAUCAGACGGUCGCAUUUCUGUCCGUUCUCCUCACUCUACUCUACGUGGUCCCAUUUUAUCUUUCCCCAACCACUCGCCCUUCGCCAAGCCUCAGCCGCGAUGCCCCAUCGGUAAUCAGGGCGCGCAUCCGCGCUGUGACAGGCUCUUGCAUCGCCAGCUCAAUCGUAGUUCUCUGGCUAGCCGUGCAAGAGGGUGGCUCCUCGCUCGGCGCUGCCAUCCGCCUGCUGGGCUGGUGGCCCGUCGGCGUAUUGGAAAUUUUCAGAUCACUCCUCCUAACAGCCAUCCUGUUCACCGGCCCGCUCUUCGAGCGCGGAAUCGUUGAGGGCGAAUGGCGCCUAUGGUUCCGUCGCUCAAAGCUCUCCGAGAGUCUGGGCGGUUGGAUCGGAUGGAGGAACUAUGUCGCCGGUCCUUUUACUGAGGAAGUCAUGUUCCGGUCGGCCAUCGUGCCGCUCCAUCUGCUGGCGCAUGAAUCCCCAGGUCGCAUUGUCUUCAUUGCGCCCCUGUACUUUGGAAUUGCCCAUGUGCACCAUUUCUACGAGUUCAGACUCACCCACCCUGAUACGCCGGCUUUUGCUGCGCUGUUGCGCUCCCUGUUCCAGUUCGGAUAUACCACCGUCUUUGGUUGGUAUGCGACUUUCGUGUACCUGCGCACCGGCUCCUUGAUUGCCGUCGUUGUGGUGCACAGCUUCUGCAAUUGGUGUGGGCUGCCCCGGCUGUGGGGCCGGGUUGAGUCCGGUUACGUGGGCCCUCCUAUCAAGAAGGAGGAUGGUGUUGCAGUGGAGGAGGGGCCUCUGGGUCUGGGGUGGACCGUCGCCUACUAUGUUCUGCUGGUCGCGGGAGCUGUUGGAUUCUGUCAAGGCUUGUGGCCUUUGACUGAAUCUUAUCAUGCUCUUGUUUCCUUUACCACGAAGGCUGCAUAG